AUGGCGCAGGCCGAGUCACUCCGCUUUAAGCUCUUGAGUAACCUGCAGGUGCGCCGUGCCGCCAUGGGCAUCGUCCGCCAUGUGAUGGAGUGUGGUGCGAAGGGAUGUGAGGUGACGGUGGGGGGCAAGAUCAAGGGACAGCGUGCCAAGAGCAUGACCUUCCGCGACGGCUACAUGAUCAAGUCUGGUACGACCCACAAAAACUUCGUGGACGCCGCAACGCGCCACUGCCACCUGCGUGCCGGCACCAUUGGCGUCAAGGUGAAGAUCAUGCUUCCCACGAGCAUGAAGGGCGAGGAUGAGAUUCUCCCUGACGUGAUCACCGUCAUUGAGCCCAAGGAAACCGUUGCCUAA